UUCUUUUCCCCUUAGGGUCCGGUUCUACCUGCCUUCAGGCCACACGGCCAGGCUCCUUGCUGGAAUGCUAUGUGCUCCUCUGGAGAGCCCAGGAGUCACCACCGCCGCAGGUUGGUUGUUUCCAAUUCCCCUUUACAUGAAGCUGGGCUCUGGUCGCUGCCUCACUUGCCCCCACAAUGUUUCCUAGCCCCGUGACCACUACGCCCUUUUCUGUCAAGGAUAUUUUGAAUCUGGAACAGCACCAGCCAGGCCUGCCUUCCAUGGAGCUCUCCACGCUGGCCUCCUCCUCCUGCAUGCUGUCAACCUUCAAACAGGAGGCGUUCGCGGCCGAGCCCACAGCCCUGCCUGACCUUAGCGAGGAGCUGCCUCAGACGCACCCUUCCAAAAACGCCGCCACCUUCCCCAGCCCCUUCUACGCUAAAAGCUACAUGCAGAUGGACUCGGCCAAGGAUUCCAAGGCGGACAAGAAAGAGCUGUGCUCCCUUCACAAGAGCCUGGAGCAGGAGAAAGGGGGCUUGGAGGAUCCGGAGCGUCCCAGACAAAGGAAAAGGAGGAAACCUCGCGUCCUCUUCUCUCAAGCUCAAGUCUAUGAACUGGAGAGAAGGUUCAAGCAACAGAAAUAUCUUUCGGCCCCCGAGAGAGACCAUUUAGCGAACGUGCUAAAGCUCACCUCUACCCAGGUCAAAAUUUGGUUCCAAAAUAGAAGGUAUAAAUGCAAAAGGCAAAGGCAGGAUCAGACCCUAGAGAUGGUCGGGAUCCCUCCACCCAGGCGGAUAGCAGUGCCUGUGCUGGUGAGAGAUGGAAAGCCCUGCUUGGGGGAAUCUUCGCCCUACAAUUCCCCUUACAAUGUCAGCAUUAACCCCUAUAGCUACAACGCCUACCCCGCCUACACUAAUUACAACGGCUCGGCCUGCAAUGCCAACUACAAUUGCAACUACCCUUCCAUGCAGACCAUGCAGCCCGCUGCAGCCAGCAACAAUUUCAUGAACUUCAGCGUUGGGGACUUGAAUUCGGUGCAAACGCCAAUUCCGCAGGGGAACGCGGGGAUUUCCACAUUGCAUGGGAUCAGAGCCUGGUAGAUGUACUUCCCGCAUCCGUAUUCCCGCAACAAUAACAUGGGGGCAUCGUUUCACGGGGACGGAAAACCGACCAAUGGACCGACCGGUACUUGAGGCUAAGGGAAUAGACAGGGUUCACCUCGGCCUGGGAUCCCGCAGAGAAGCUAAUCAGCAAGUGUCCCGAUAGAUUUUCAGACUGCUGGAAGGACUGGAAAGGAAAACUCUUGUACGUGGCAUCAAGAAAUUCACUAGCACGGUUGUCGGCAUCUCCCGCUGGAAGUUACAAAAGGUCCUUCUCCGAAUUACUCUGCCCCACGUAAAUUAAAGCGCAAAAAUCACAUUCUGUUACAGGCGGGGUUAUACUGAAAUGACCAGACGCCCGGUGCUCCAGAAAGCACUUUUCCCACCAGAAAAUUGCAAAGCUACACACUGAAAAGCUCAGCUCUGAGCUCUUGCGUCCUUAGCCCGGUUUGCGCUAAAGAAAUGGCUCUUUCUAAACCAGCGGAACAAUAGUGCCGAGGCCGAUUCCUCGGUUUAUUUUAAAACUCAAGAUACGUGUUUCAUGUUGCACUUCCUCUAUGGACAUCAGAUUUUGAAGAGUCCUUCAAGCUAUACUAAGUGUAUCGCUAGUCCUAGAUCUUCAAACGCUGCCUUCCUAGAUCAGGCGAUCUGCUAUUUUAUUUAAGAUGUAAUGGCCUAGGCCAGAGAUAGAGUGGGAGAAGUAUAUCGUGUCUGUAGAUCUCACCAGCACACAAAGGCAAAAGACAAAGCCCAGAAACUAAGGGAGUCAGAUGCUGUUACAUGCCCGAUCCGCGGAGGGUUAUGCACUAAAACGUGAUUUAGUAUUUAAAUUCACUGUCCCUGUGCAGCCGCCGGAUUGUAUGCGCAGGCCGGUGGAACGCGGUGACUUGUCAUUAAAGAGAGUGGCUGAAUGUU